AUGACUCUUGCUUUUGCCCCCAUCAUGUCCAUUCCAUCUAUCUAUCCAACAUCUCCCCCUAAACUCCCCAUCACCUUUGAUUCCCAAGCAAUGGAGUCUCCACACCCUUACUGGGCAGACCACGACCACUCCGACGAGCAUCUGAACCUGAUGUUCACAACUUUUCCCCUUACACUGGAACCACCUCACCCUUACCGGGCAGACCAUGACCACUCCGACGAGCAUCUGGACCUGAUGUGCACCACAGUCCGACAACAGAGCUCGCUCUCCCCUCCCCGCUCCGUCACGCGCGAUUCCGGCUAUUUCAGCCCAUCAGAAUCGCGCUCCCACGCUCGAGGAAAGCUCCGCACCAUCACUCUGACACCGACGCAUCCAGUGACAUUUCCACUGUUUGCAGAAGAGGAGGAUCAGACGUUGCUAGCAUGUCGAGCUGAGGAACGGCUAUGGAGCUCAGCAUGGUCAGCUUCUUCGGAGAAUUUGGUGUCCAUCAGCGACCUUGAAAGCGAAGAGAAGUGCUUGAUAGGAAAGUCAAGGCCCAGCGGGGGCAACAUGUUUACCCGCGGCCUGCGAAGAGCUUGCGAAUGCAUCGGCGCGGCGGUGGUGGCUACUGGAAAGAAGGUCAGGUCGACCGGUUCGGGAGAUGAGAAAGAGUUGUGGAGUUGGGGUUUGGGAUGGCGCGGUGGAAGAUUCGAACGUGACGAGUGGAAGUGCGGGUCUCGAAAAGUCGAGCGCGCGUGUGAAGGUAAUGAAGAAGAUCAAGCAGACGCUGUGGUGUAA